AUGGUGUUUUCUGCUCUUUCCGCAGCGGCCCGUCGCCGGGCUGCCCCGAUGAUUGUUCAACACUCCCAAAAACGUGGGAUGGCACUGGGUGGAAGCCACGGCCCCCCACCGGAAUGGACGGGUAUCGACAAAAUCGUUCGAGGUUACUUCCCCGAGGACUACCAGCUCUCCCUUGCCAUCUUGAGUGCCUACACUGGUGGAUUUAUUCUUUACAAGAUAAAGAGCGCUAUGACUUCCAAACCUGAUCCAGUGGUAGAGGAAAAACCUAAGACUGUGGCGGAGACCCCAUCGACGGGAGUCCCGGGUAUCGAGUCUCCGGCGUUUGAAAAGUUUGUCGAGACGGAUGCCUUCCAGCAAUUGCUCGAGAAUGAGGAGCAGCUAAAGACUCUUUUGGAAAGUGCGUAAGAGAAACUUAUUAAAUAGAGUUUGUGUAAAGCUCGAGUUUCUUUGAGG